AUGUCGCCGGCCGAGGCCUCCAUCGACGGCCCGCGGUCUCUCGAGUGGGAGCUGAGCCUGGACAGCGCCGACCUGCGCUCGCACGCCUGGUACCACGGCCGCGUCGGUCGGCUCGAAGCCGAGUCCCUGCUCAGCGAGGACGGAGACUUCUUGGUGCGCGAGAGCACCUCCCAGCCGGGGGAGUUUGCCCUGAGCUGCCGCUGGAGCGGCACAAGCGUCCACUUCAUGAUCAAUAAGGUGCGCGUGAACCCCGACACCAUCUACGAGACCGAGCAGUUCUUCCUGGAGGACGAGCCGUACGAGACGAUCCCGCACCUCAUCACCAGCUACGUGGGCGUCGAGCGGGCCGUGUCGGCCGCGUCGGGCGCGCGCCUGCGCCGGCCCAUCACGCGCACCGUGCCGAUCCCCCUGCGGCGCGAGCAGCGCGUCUACGCCGAGAUCCCCGAGCCGGCCGACCCCGGCUCCGACUCGGGCCACGGCUCGGGCGACUCGGCGCAUGCGCCGGAGCCGGAGCCGGAGCGGGAGUCGCGGGCAGAGCCGGCGCCGCUGCGGCCGGUCGAGGUGGCGCCACCGUCGGCGUUUGACGUUGACGCGUUCGAGACGCUGCUGCUCCCGGUGACACACAACGCGCCGCUGGACGCCACAGCGCUGAAGGGCGUCACCCUGGAGCUGCUGGAGGUGCCGGCGCGCGUGUUGGCCGCCCACCUGACCUGGUGGGACCUGCGGCUGCUGGACGACGGGGAGGAAGACCUCGGGCUGGGCGUCGUCUCGGGCAUCGAGCUGGUCACGCUGCCCCAGGGUCAGCAGCUGCGACAGGACCUGCUGGAGAGAUCCGAAUGGUUUUCGGCCUUCGUGAUCGCCACCAUUGUCAGCCAAGAGGACGAAGACGAGCGGGUGCAGAUGAUCAAUAAGUGGAUCAACGUGGCGAUCGAGACCAAGACAGCCCUCGGAAACCUGUACGGCUUUGCCAGCAUCAUACAAGGGCUCUGCUCUCGCCAGGUCCAGAGGCUGUACGUCACGUGGCACCGUGCGCGGCAACGCUUCACGGCCGCUGCCGUCGAGUUCGAUGCGCAGCUGCGGCCCUGUCUGCGCAGCAUGAACGAUGGAUCCAACGCCGAGGCGCCGAACACGGCUUUGCCCCAUCUGGCGCCGCUGUCACACGUGAAGAACUCCGCGCCCGUGACGUCAUUCCCACGUGAGGAGCUAUGCGUCUGUGACGUGUCACACGUGAAGAACUCCGCGCCCGUGACGUCACUCCCACGUGAGGAGCUCCGCGCUCGUGGCGUCAGUCCCACGUGA